AUGCAGCAGUAAAAUCCAAUCCUUUUGACAAUCUCAAACAUUCUGGACGAAAUAAUCAAAGAAACUGAUGCUCUUGAAGUAGAAUCAAAUUCUAUCUUUCACGCAAUGGCAGCUCCGGCAAUCUCAAUCUAUAAUUAUUUGCAAAGAAUAAAUAAAUACACUCACUGCAGUGAAUAAUGCUUUGUCAUAGCGCUAAUAUACUUAGACAGACUUUAAGAAAAACACUCAUAUCUAGUAUUAAAUUCCCAUUGUAUACAUAGAUUUUUGCUAUUGGCCCUUAUGACUGCGAUAAAAUUUUAAGAUGAUGAUUACUAUAAGAAUGAAUAUUAUGCUAAGGUUGGAGGAAUAAAUGUGAAAGAAAUAAAUAGGCUAGAAUAAGAAUUCUUGGAAUAUAUGAAUUAUGAAUUGUUCAUAGAUGAACAAUAAUAUCUAGUGUACGAAAAGAGAUUGUUAGAGUAUGGGGAAAUAGAAAUGUCUUGA